GGGUACCGAUGGAGUGGGCGACCGGAGAAACCGGAAGUGAGUCCUUCUGAUCAUUAUGCUUCUCGUUACCCUCACCACAUCUGCCGGCUUUCUCUUCGAUCGAUCUUCCACCGUUCACAACUUCUGAUUCCUUGCAGAGUUUUGUUAGAAAUUAAAGGUCGAGUGUUUAUAGGGUCUGCUAAGGUCGGUGUCGGGCCGGGGGCCCGUGACCGUGUCGUCCCAGAGCUGUUUUCAGAGCUAUAUUCAUGCUUGACGCGCUAUGUGGAUGCGAGUUCCAGCCUUCCAGUGAUUCGGCAACCUCAGAGUCAAGCGGGAGACGAGCGGCUACUCAAUCUAUUAGGCACCAGCGGUGGCAUUCUGAGACGAGCGGCUACUCGAUCUAUUGGGCACCAACGGUGGCAUUCAAUCGCGGUGGGGCUCGUGUUCUUGUUGGAGUUCGCUUGGAUUAAUGGGAAUGUUGAACUAAAUAUUGUA